UGAGUGAACCCUUGUCUUGACUGAUGGACUGGUGAACUCCAGGGCAGCCAAUCAGUACACCAGGUGGGUGGGACCUAGAGAGUAGUUGCUGGAAAUUCUGGGAACAAGAAGGGCGGUCUUUGUUGGAAAGGCUUAGUGAGGGGCAAUGGAGUUUUGCUCCCUCAUGGUAUAACUCUGUAGAUCCUUGAAAGAAAGGAUUGCAGGAAGCUUGAUUCUCAUCAGGAAUUAGGUGAGUUCAAGGAAAAGGGAAUUCAGCAUAGGGAACAGUUUUAGUCAGACUGUGCGUUAGGAACUUAUAUUUCUCUGUCUGUGUGUGCUUUUGCAUAUUCCUGAUACUGUUCUAUUGUUUGUUUACCUGUAACAUAAUUAAAAUAAGAAACAAUAGUCUAUGCCCAUCCUACCUAAGGUGUUGCAAAAGAUUCUAUAAACAGUUAAGUGUGCAUUAAGACAACCUAUUUUUGUAACCUACUAAGUAUUUUUUUUUUUUUAGUGUAUCUAAGAAAGCUAGAAGCCUCAGAUGGAAACAGUCUGUAGUAUUUGAAUAGAACUGUUUUGGGGUUGUCGGUUUUUUUGUUCUUUUCUUUUUACAAGCCUCUCAGAGUUGGCUGAACUCAGGAAAAAUGGGGGCAGGGGCAGAAGGGGGAUUUCUCUGGUGCAAAAGCAUCCUCAAGUGCUUAGCAGCUGUCGGUUUUCUCAUCCUGUGUAAGGAUCCAGCUAACACAUGGAAGAUUGUGGUUUAUCUACUUAUCCAAUAGCAAAAUAAAGAGAGUUUUAUCUGGGUUAUCCCACCCCAUGCCCAGAGAUUUUCUGUAGACAAAGACGUGGGGGGUGGCGGCAGCAUUUUGAAUCUACUGGCAAUACAGAAUAGUUUUAUGAGAUGCCCACUCAGGUAGCUCAGCAGGGAUGACUCAGCAUUUUCUUCCCCUCAUGUGAGCUAGCUCUGAGAUAAAGGCUUUAAUCUGCUACAUGCUGAAUGACUGUGCCCUAGAACAGUUGGUCAUUGAACCAACCAGAGAGAAGGUGACCUUGGACUUAAUCCUGAGUGGUGCCCAGGACCUGGUGCAUGAUGUCAGUGUCAUGGACCCUUUAGGGAACAGUGACCACAGUGCAAUCAAAUUCAGCAUACAUGUGGGGAGAGAAUCAGCGAGGAAGUCUAACACAGACACUUUGAAAUUCAUUAGAGGAAACUUCUCUAAAACGAGGAGUUUGGUGAAAAUAAAACUGUAAGGGGAAAUCAGGAGAAUCACUUCGCUCCAGAAUGCAUGGAGUUUACUUGAAACCACAAUACUAGAAGCCCAGUUAGAAUGCAUACCAAAAAGGAGGAAAGGUACCACCAAGAACGGGAGGAUGCCAGCAUGGCUAACAAGUAAAGUUAAGGAAGACUUCCUCCUGAAAUGAAGAGAACAGAAAGAGACACAAAUGCUGGAAAAAGAAAUGCAAGAAAAGGAUACAUACACAUACCCCUCUGCUAUUUUACUUGGGAUCAGCUGAGAAUAUCCUACAGCAGAGUGGGAAUGUGAAAAAAGAAUCCCGAAACCAAACUCUGUAUUCCGGUUUUUUACCACCAAGAAUGCCUGUCCUGUUAUUUUUCCCUUCCGCUGUGCAAAUCCAGCUGUGCAAAUAUCCCCUUUCCAAAAGAUGUGGAUUCAGAGCAUAGGGGCUUCUUCUCUCUUGCUUUCCUUCUGAGCACUCUGGGAACUGAAAGCAUUCAAGCUUUGCUGCGCUCCAAUCUGGAGUCAGUGUUUGCUUGUUUUAGGAGGAUGUGGGCUUUGCCAAGUUGAUUAAGCAAGGUCCCAGUCUCCUGCAGCUGAGUGCAGUCAGUUGACUGUCCAGCAAAGCAAGCACCACUGCAGAGUUUCCUAGUGUCAGAGUGGAGUGGAUUAACUAUGGAGGGGCUGCUGCUGUGUGCCAUAGUGGCAUCUCUUGGGGUCGCUGGGACAGCUGCUCCUUCCGUGGAAGUUCCCGUAACCCUGGCUCCCCUUGACGUGGCCCGGAUUGCUGUUGAAACCUACAACCAUGGAACUGGAACACAAGCUGUCUUCAAGCUGCUGAAGCUCAGAAACACCCAUAAAACGAGGUUUAGCUGGGGGACGCACUUCAGCUUGAACUUCACCAUCAAGGAGACCACCUGUCGGAAAACGAGCAAUUACAGGAUCGAAGACUGCCGAUACAAGCCUAAUGGGCCAAUAAGGUAUUGUUCAGCUGAGGCAUCGGUUCUCAAUUUCAUGGAGGAUGCACCUUUGACUUCAGCAACGUGCAGCCCCUUGCAGCGAGGACACAGCUCCAGCAACAAGAAACCAAACUCCAACCCUAGGCCACAGGCAGCGAGAGCUUUGCCUGAAGUGCAUGUGGAAUAUUACUUGCCAUCAUCCUUUUCUACUGCGGCUCUGAUGGCCAUUGAAGAAGAGUGAAGGCAGCAGCACAGGGGUCAACAAAAGCAAGGGUCCCUUGGAGAGCCUGUGGCGGCCCUCUCUGCCCAGAAUUGUUGCUGGUAUGGCCUCAAGUGAGCAUUUGGCACAGACUUUCUGAAUUUAUCUGGCUGGUAGAACACUGUCAUAGGCUGAUGCCAGAGGACCCUAGCACUCUGGCAUGUGGCUGUGUUUUUUUUUUUUUUUUGGGCGGGGGGAAUGUCAGAGCGAGAUUUGGUGUGUUCCCAACAGCGCCAUACAAAAUGUUCCCGUCACUCCAUUGUUUCUGAUCGGAAGACCGUUCAAUCUCACCUCCAUAGAUGUGCACAGUAUUGAGCGCCCGCUGGACUUUCUGUGACUGCUUGAGCUCAGCAGGUCUUAUGCAAAACCCUUAGGAUCCUUUUCUUUAAAAACAAAACCGAAAGAAGCCAACCAGAGUGUUUCCAAUGUGAUUUUGAGAAGGGGAACUGCUUGACAGUAAAUAAAGAAAGCAGGGCAGGAAAGUAACCCAUUGUGUGAACACAGCCAUGGGCUGCUCCUGCUUCCUCCUUUUUGGUUCUGAAAAGCAGCAAGGAAGCAUCAGCCUAGUGAGAGCCAAACUUGGGCCCCCAGAUAUUGUUUUUUAAAUUUCUUUAUUUCCUUUAAGUAAUAAAACAUAAGAUCAUCAUAAAAUCAAACCAUGUUUUCAAAAGAAAAUAAUAAUAAUAUCUAAAAUAAUAUAUGAACCAAUGCACCAAGAGGGGAAAGAAGAAGAAAAACCUUCUUCUUAGGAUAUAACUCUUCACAAUACAAACAAUUUGUUAAAUUGGACCAGAUCCCAAAUUUUCCUCGUUUACCAUUUCAUUGGGGGGAAAACAGAACAAAACCCUAUUCAAACAAUAAGAAACACAUAAGUUAUCCAAAACUGCCAGUCAAGAUUGAAUUUAUCUUGCCAGUGUAGUACAACAAUCUUUUUGGCAAUUCCCCAUGCUAAAAAAAUCCAUGACUCAUAAAUUCCAUAAUUUGGGGAUAUAAUCCAAAACAAUAUGAAUGUCUUUAAUAACCAAAGAUUGCUGUACAGUCAUAUUAACAAUCUCAUGAAUUUCAGAUCAAAAUGAUACAACAACAGGACAGGCCCAAAAUGUACGUGUGCUUCUGCUGUGUAAACUUCAUUCUGAGGUCUAAAGAAGCACAUUUCACUGUCUUCAAGGCAACUCACCAUUUAUUUAGGAGAAUAGGGCACUCAAGUUCAAUAUUUUGACGUUCUUGAAUAUUAAAAUCAGUCUUGUUCAACCUCAACCCUCAAGUUUAAAGCAGCAUGAGAAGAGAUAAACUGCUCCAAUGCUAUGAGAAACCCAAUAUACCUCCCCGCAGAAAAGGAUUUAUGAGAAAUCUUUAAACUUUACUUUCCCACAACAUGAGGUUUUUGGGCAUAUAACGGUUAAAGGCCUGCCUCUGUCCUGCAACUCUCCAUAUAUGUAUCUUACAGCAUUAAGCACAGGAAAAGAUACAGAUCUGCAAACAAAUUACAAACCUAAUUCCUGCCAGGACUUCCAGGAUAAUAACGUCCAAGUUGCUUCCAAAGACCGGUUGACGCCUGAAUGGUACCAUUUCAUCCCAAUUAUUGUUGGACUACGUGGCAUAAUGGGCUAGGGAUGGUGGGAGUUGUAGUCCAACAACAUCUGGGGAUCCAUGUUUGAGAUUCCCUGACAUUAUCCAUUCAUUCUAAUCUUAUUUCUAAGCUGGUGGCGGGGGGGGGGGAGAUUUUCAUGUAACAUAAAAGUUUGCUUUCAAUAUUUUAGAAAUGAAUUAGUCCAGCAAAAGGCAUUGUCUUGCUUUCCAGUGUAUGGAAGUGACUCAGAUUUACAAGGAAGAGCUUGUUGAAUAUAAUCGAGAAAAACAUGUUGUGUUCUGCAACAUUUGCUUUGCUUUUCAAGUUGCAAUAAACUGUCUCAAAAUUUC